AUGGCCUCGGCUGGCAUGCCGCCGCACCAUGUGCCACUGGCUGCGCCACUGCCGGGGGCGCCGUUCCCGCCGCCCACCGCUCUGCUGCCCCAGAGCAGCGGGCAGGUGCUGUCCGAUAACACCAGCGAUCGUUCGCGGUCCGGCCGCAAGCGCAAGGGGCAAGAGUUUGAGGAUGACAAGGACGACAAGCUGCGCCGCCAGCAGGAGCAAAACAAGGCCGCCCAGCAGCGCUACAGGCAGCGGCGGAAGGAGAAGCAGGAAGGCAUGGAGUCGUCCCUCGAGCAGCACAAAACGCAGCUGCAGCAGACCGCGGCGUACGCGCGCGCGCUGGAGGCGCGGGUGGCUGCGCUGGAGGCCGCGCUACAGGCGAGCCAGCAGGGGCCGACGGCGGAGGCGCAGCAGCAGCAGCAGCAGGUGCAGCAGCAUCAGCAGCAGGCCAGCCGCUGCCUGAGGAGCUCCUGGCCCCCCUCCACGAGCGCGUCGCUGCCUGCGCCGCGCACUGCGCCGCCGCGGUCAACGUAA